CCAUAAUUAAGAGUUACUUCUUUCUAUAUUUCUAUAGUCAUAUUUUAAAUAGCUAAUGUUCCAUCUUGUACUCUUUUCAUUGUUUUGAUCGUCUCAUGACAAAGUGCUUGCACUGUGGACGGCCUUGAAGUAGGAGGCAGAGAAGAGGAGUCCUCCCUGCUUCCCUUCUCGGGCCGACUUGAGAUAACGGACACAAUGGGCAUCUGUGCGGCCGUGAGGGCGGGGGGAGAGAUUGAAGAACAGAAUGUUUUCGUGAUGUGUGGCAGACCGAUCUGGACCGGGCUGGGGAACGCUUGUGUACUGGGUUGGUCUCAGGUUUGUCUUCUAAGCUUGGAGAAUAAACCACAAAAUACCAAAUACUGCCUGUUGAUUGAAUAUAAACAUCAGCUUAUUGCCAUAAAAAGAAUCUGGGAGAGACUAGCAAUUUGAAUUCCCCAUUGGAGGAAUGCUGGUCGACGCAACAAUACCGACAAGUUGGUACACUUUGACAGCCAAUUUAGACCCAAGAAAGAUGCUUGGUUCCUCCUCCCAUUUCUUGGCGAGGAUUAUAUCAUCUAAAUUGGAAUAAGUGGAUAUCCGAACCGUCUGCAAUCUAAUGGCCGCAGACCUUGUAGAAAACAGGUGCGUGAGCUCAGGCAUUCAGAGCAACAAGAAGGUAAAUAAAGGAGGACGAGGAGUGCUGGCGACUUGAAUAUCCACCACACUAAGAAGAAGAAGAACAAAACCAACACAGGACGUUCGGAACACGUUUGGGAGGAUUUUGACAAGGAUGGCUCAUGGCGGGGUGGUCCUGGACAGAGACCAGUUCAACUGCUCAGUGUGCCUGGAUGUCCUGAAGGAGCCAGUGACCAUUCCAUGCGGCCAUAGUUACUGCUCCGACUGCAUCCGCCUCUGCUGGGACCAACAAAGCAACUCGGGGGUCUUCAAGUGCCCUCAAUGUCGACAGGCUUUCAACCCCAGGCCGGAGCUCUGCCGAAACACCUUACUGGCUGACUUGUUGGAAGGACUUAUGCAAAGUGGACCACAGAAGGCAGGUCAAAGUCCGGCAAAGAGGGAGUACAAGGUGGUCAGUCAGGCCAUGCGACAAGUAUUGAACAAAUUAGAGCCGGAUGACCAGAAAUGUAUUCAGGAUGAGUUGGAUUCCAAGGAUGAAAAGACAAGGGUCUACAGAAUGGCUUUUCUCAGAAUGGAGAAGAAGCAACUUGAGGAGCAGAAGAAGCAGAUAGAGAAGACGCUGGUUGAGGACCAGAACAUGUUGGAACAGACCAAGGAGGAGGCAAGGCAGAUGGUGGAACUGUCGAGGGAAGUGGUGAAUAGCAGCAAGAGUAGGGAGAAGGUUUGGAUUAAUUGGAGCCAGGCUGUAGUGGACAAAGACCUGAAGGAGCUUGACAAGAUCAGGGAGAAAAUGAAGGACAACGACCAGGAGCAUGAAGAGCUGAUGCAAGACCACCUUGAGGAUCUCCGUGCAUGGGUUGGGAAUGUUGCUACAAGUUGUUUCUAGCAGUCUGGCGAGGGACCAGUCUCCGAGGGACCAGGAUGAGCCGGUCCCAGAAAAGAAGACUAAGGACACUUUAUAAAGUCGUAGGUUUAGCAGACAUCUCUCCAGUCUGUGCUCGCUGUCACAAAGAUCAUUUAUUCUUUCUCAGUCUACACAUUAGAAUUUGCUACCGUCUCCUAUUUAGAUCCUAGACCUACACGGCAAAAACUGUAGUGUUCAAUCAACUCCCACAGAGUUCAUUCUGACACCUUUUAAGGGUGUAUAUAGUUUCACACUCUACAGAGUUAAAAUAACAUUUAGAGUUUCUUCUUUAAUCCUAAAUGUUGUACAUUUAGCAAAAUGUUA